AUGAAUGGGGUGAAGAUCGAAGGGAAUAAAGCGACGGUUGGUAUAACGUAUCAUUCUCAAGAGCAUUUGGGAGAUGUAGUCUAUGUAGAGUUGCCUGAUGUUGGACGUUCUGUGUCACAAGGAGUUAUUUCGGUGGUAGAAGUCGAGAAAGAAGGUCAGCUAGAGGUGAGGGGAGAAUUUAAUAGCUUUGAAAUGAUAAAGGAAAUAGUGAAGAUAGAUCAAUCUGUGCACAUAAUCAAGAUCGAGCAAGAAGUAAAGCUCCAACCGCAAGAUGAUGAAGGCAAACACCCUUUUAACCUAGAAGAAGUGAAUUAUCCCUUUUCACAAUUUGAAAAAGUGAAUAAGCAGUCCGAUGGUGAUGAUGCUGGUAGCUCAAGUUGGACAACAUCAUUGCAACCAUAUGAGUGGUGGGAGAAAGCAAAAGUUAUCGGUGUUAGUAUGGCUGAGCAGGCAAAAGUUAUAGGUGUUGGUGUGGCUGAGCAGGCAAAAGUUACGGGUGUUGGUGUGGCUAAGCAGGGAGGAGGCAUCGUUCAAGGUGUGAUUGGAUUCUUUGAGAGAAGAAAACGUGCAGAAAAAGUACGUCUCCAUUUUCAGCGGCUGAAGGAACAGGACAUGAAAGAAAAGAAGAUCUGGAUGGAAAAGAUGAGCAAAAAACAAGGUGCAACACAGAACUGA